AUGAAGUUCACAAUUGUCUUUGCUGGACUUCUUGGUGUCUUCCUGACUCCUGUCCUUGGUGACUAUAACACCAAUGAGGAACAGUCAUUGAGUGUGAACACUGAACACAAUCUGGCUAACAUUGACAACAACAAUGGAUGGGACUCCUGGAAUGCCAUCUGGGAUUACGAAAGUAACUUUGCUGCAAUCAGACUUUUUAAAAAGAAGGCAUGCAUUGUGCACAGAAUGAACAGGGAUGCUGUGCCCGCUCUCCAAGCUCUGGAUACACUGGCCAAGGAAAAUAAGGUUCAGAAUAAAGGACCAGAAAGCCCACCUCCCAGGGAUCUGAUGUAUUCUCUCAACCCAGAAAAAGUCAGUGACCUGAGCAGGUUUGGAAAGAACAUUGCUUCCAUGUGCAGGGGAGUUUCAACAUACGUGGCUGAGGAAAUUCAAGGUGCAAGCCUGUUUGCUUUCACCGAAAAAUGCCUCAAUAUUAACAUACUCUGGAUUCUGAACACUUCUUUCUGUGGAGGAAUACUGUCAAACUAA